AAUCAACAAAACCCUCAAUUCCAUCUUCCCUUUUUCUUAAAUUAAUUGCAGAAAUUUCCACGAAUUACACAACCCCAUUUCUAAAUCAUUCCUAUCGAUCGUAUACCUUCAUAGAUAAGGGUCGCCGGAGACUUUAAACAAUGACCGGCGGCGGUUCGUCUGGUCGGCUUCCGACUUGGAAGGAAAGGGAGAACAAUAAGAGGAGAGAGAGGAGAAGAAGAGCUAUUGCUGCUAAGAUAUACGCCGGACUUCGAGCUCAAGGGAACUUUAAACUCCCCAAACAUUGUGAUAAUAACGAGGUUUUGAAAGCACUUUGUGAUGAAGCUGGUUGGGUUGUUGAAGAAGAUGGUACCACUUACCGCAAGGGGUGCAAGCCAUUGCCAAGUGAUAUGGGAGGCAUGUCGACCAACAUAAGUUCGUGUUCGUCGAUCCAACCGAGCCCAAUGUCUUCAUCCUUCCCUAGCCCCAUUCCGUCAUACAAUGCCAGCCCGACAUCGUCCUCUUUCCCAAGUCCAUCUCGUUGUGAAAACCCGCCAAACCCCUCAUCCUACAUCCUUCCAUUCCUCUGUAACUUAGCCUCAGUGCCCUCUUCCCUACCCCCACUACGAAUUUCCAAUAGUGCCCCUGUAACCCCGCCUCUUUCCUCCCCGACCUCUAGGGGAACAAAGCGGAAACCCGACUGGGCAAUGCUAUCCUCAGGGGCAUUACAGUCUUUUCGACAUCCCAUAUUUGCAGCUUCCGCUCCAUCAAGUCCGACUCGCGGCCGUCGCCACAUUCCCCCAACAACGAUUCCUGAAUGUGACGAGUCGGAUGCUUCGACCAUCGAUUCGGACCGGUGGGUCAGCUUCCAGACCAUGGCUGCACCAACUUCACCAACCUUUUACCUUGUGAAACCAUCGAACCAACAAGGAUUUGUACAAAAUGGGACCAUGGUGCAACCGAACCAUGGUUCGGAAUUCGAGUUCGAAAGUGGUAAAGUGAAGGCUUGGGAAGGGGAAAGGAUACAUGAAAUUGGAACAGACGAUUUGGAGCUGACGCUUGGGAAUGGUUCGGCCAAAUAGGGUCCGUUUGUCGUAUUUCAGAACUUAUCGAAGGGAAAAAGGAGACCGUUAUUUUACAAGUAUCGAUUUUCGAUUUAGAAAGUAUUUGAAUGUGUUGUAAAAUUGAUUAUUAAGUCGAUGAUUAUUCGACUUGUUAUAUGUUAACCGUAAAAAUCAGCUUUAAGGAUGUGAGUGUAAAUACAUAAGACGAUGUUAUUCUGAUGAUGAAAAACCGAUUCGGUGU